AUGGGCUCCAAAACACUUGAAAACGAAGGCCCCAACGGCGGCAGUGAGCCGUCGAGCCCAAUCAACGCAAAUGCCACCGGUGGAGAGCCACGCGGAGCGCAUCUGUCCCGCGACGGUGACGGUAGCCUUGGAGAUGACGGCGACGAUGACGGAGAUGAUGACAAUGAGGCCGGCGUUGCUACCAUAUCGCUGACAGGCCAGCCUGCACCGGAGACCACCUCCAAGAAGAAGAACAAAAAGAGAAAGAAGUCAAAGAAGAAGACUUCAUCAGUGAAGCAGUCGUCUCCCCCACGUGUCCCGUUGGAUGACCUCUUUCCUUCCGGCCAGUACCCAGUUGGUGAGAUCCAAAGUUAUGCACCGGUGGACAAUACUGCCCGCACCACUUCCGAGGAAAUUCGAUACAACAGCCGCACUCAUCUCGAAGAUGACAGCUUCCUGAAUGACUACCGGAAGGCGGCCGAAGUACACCGUCAGGUUCGGCAGUGGACCCGGGAGACUGCUCGCCCCGGGAAGACCCUCACGGAGAUUGCCGAGGGCAUCGAUGACGGCGUGAGGGCUUUACUUGGCAACGAUGGACUUGCGCCUGGAGCAGGCCUUGUUUCUGGCCUGGGAUUUCCCACAGGCCUAGCGCUGAAUAAUUGUGUUGCUCACUACACGCCGAAUCCGGGCCAGAGGGAGAUUGUCCUCCAAUCCAGCGAUGUCAUGAAGGUCGACUUUGGAGUUCAUAUCAAUGGUUGGAUUGUCGACAGCGCAUUCACCAUGUCAUUCGAUCCGACCUAUGACAACCUGCUCGCUGCCGUCAAGGAUGCCACGAAUACCGGCAUCAAGAAUGCUGGAAUUGACGUCCGAAUCAGCGAUGUCAGUGCCGCCAUCCAGGAGGCGAUGGAAAGUUACGAGGUCGAGAUCAAUGGGAAGAUAUACCCCGUGAAGCCCGUGCGAGACCUCUCCGGCCACAACAUCAAACAGUACCAGAUCCACGGUGGAAAAUCUAUCCCAUUCAUUAAGACCAAGGACCAGACAAAGAUGGAGGAAGGGGAGAUCUUUGCCUGUGAGACAUUUGGCUCUACGGGCAGGGGCUCGACCGUCGAAGGUCCUGGCGUCUACGGGUACGGAAAAGACCCCCACGCGCCGAAGAAGAUUACCUCGCACCUGGCCUCGGCUCGAUCUCUCUACCAGAAGAUCAACGAGAACUUUGGCACUCUCGUGUUUUGCCGUCGAUAUCUCGAAAGGCUCGGUGUUGAGCGGUAUCUGGCAGGAAUGAACAACCUCGUUUCGCAAGGCGUGGUUGAAAUGUACCCGCCUUUGAUGGACAUUGAAGGGUCAUACUCGGCGCAGUUUGAACAUACCUUCCUGCUACGCGAAUCGGGUAAGGAAAUUAUUAGUCGCGGAGAUGACUACUAA